CCUCCAAUAACCCCAAAGACCAAAAAAAGCAAGCAAUGGAUUCUCUCAAAAUUUUCAAAGGCUACGACAAAGUUGAAACCAACCUCGAAGAUCAACAAACACAGCAACAGCAUCGCCACGAAAUCUCCAAACCCCUCAUCGCCACAAUUUCCAUCAUCAUCAUCACCAUCUUCUUCCUAACCCUCACUUUAUCCUUCACCCUCUUCUUCCACCACACCGACUCACAAACCCCCCUCAAAUCAGCCAACUCAAUCAGAUCCAUUUGCAACGUAACUCGCUUCCCCGACUCAUGCUUCACCGCUCUAUCUCCCUCCUCAGAAAACCUCACCAACCCAAACUCCAUCCUCAAACUCUCCAUCCUCGCCUCCGUCGCCGAACUCUCCAAACUCAAUCUCGCUUCAUCGCUAAAAGCCGAUUCCGACAAACGCGCGCUCGAUGAUUGCAAGGAACUAAUAAACAACGCGGUGAGUCGACUCAACGAGUCUGUUUCGACGGUUCCUGACGGUGCCGUUACGUUGACGGAGGGGAAAAUUAAAGAUAUUCAGACGUGGGUUAGUGCCGCGUUGACGGAUCAACAAACGUGCGUUGAUGGGAUAGAAGAAGUUGGGGUUUCUUUGGAUACCCUUGAAAAGGUAAAGAAAAUGAUGCAGAAAUCAAAUGAGUAUACCAGCAAUAGUUUGGCUAUUGUGGCUAAUAUAAACAAUUUGUUACCAAUUCACUAAAAAAAAUUCAUAUUCUUUCUUGUUUAUUUAUAUUGUAAAAAUAAUAAUUGUGAAAUUUGUUUACUCUUGUGUUUGAAUAUGAUUGUAACUAUAUGUAUAUUUGUAUUUCUGGGGAAUGGAUUGAUUUCAUGCUUGUUUAA